CGGCCGAGCCCCCCCGGCCCCGGUCCCGGCCCCGGCGCGAUGCUGCGGUGCGUCCCGCCGCUCUGGCGCUGCAACCGGCACGUGGAGGCGCUGGACCGGCGGCACUGCUCGCUGCAGGCCGUGCCCGAGGAGAUCUACCGCUACAGCCGCUCGCUGGAGGAGCUGCUGCUGGACGCCAACCAGCUCCGCGAGCUGCCCAAGCCUUUCUUCCGGCUCCUGAACCUGCGCAAGUUGGGUCUGAGUGACAAUGAAAUCCAGAGGCUCCCCCCCGAGGUUGCCAACUUCAUGCAGCUGGUGGAGCUGGACAUCUCCCGUAAUGACAUUCCAGAAAUUCCUGAAAGCAUCAAAUUCUGCAAGUCCCUGGAAAUUGCUGACUUCAGUGGGAAUCCCCUCUCCAGGCUUCCAGAGGGCUUCACGCAGCUCCGCAGCCUGGGCCAUUUGGCCUUGAAUGAUGUGUCCUUGCAGAGCCUCCCCAACGACAUUGGGAAUUUGGCAAACCUGGUGACUUUGGAGCUACGUGAAAACCUGCUGAAGACUCUCCCCACUUCACUCUCCUUCCUUGUCAAGUUAGAACAGUUGGAUCUUGGUGGCAAUGACCUGGAAGUACUGCCAGACACCCUGGGAGCGCUCCCGAACCUGCGUGAGCUCUGGCUGGACCGGAACCAGCUCUCGGCCCUGCCUCCAGAGCUGGGCAACCUCCGCCGCUUGGUCUGUCUGGACGUGUCGGAGAACAAGCUGGAGCAGCUGCCCAACGAGGUCAGUGGGCUCAUAGCACUGACUGACCUGCUGCUGUCACAGAACCUGCUGGAAUGCAUCCCAGAGGGGAUUGGUCAGCUGAAGCAGCUCUCCAUCCUCAAGGUGGACCAGAACCGACUGACAGAGGUGACAGAGGCCAUUGGGGACUGUGAAAAUCUGUCUGAGCUCAUCCUGACAGAGAAUAUGUUGACAGCCCUGCCCAAGUCCCUGGGGAAGCUGGCCAAGCUGACCAACCUGAACGUGGACCGGAACCGUCUGACGGCGCUGCCGGCCGAGAUCGGGGGCUGCACCAACCUGAACGUGCUGUCCCUGCGCGACAACCGCCUGGCCCUGCUGCCCCCCGAGCUGGCCAGCACCACCGAGCUCCACGUGCUGGAUGUGGCUGGGAACAGGCUGCAGAACUUGCCGUUUGCUCUGACAAACCUGAACCUGAAGGCCCUGUGGCUGGCAGAAAAUCAGUCCCAGCCCAUGCUGAAAUUCCAAACAGAGGACGAUGAAAAGACAGGAGAAAAAGUCCUCACCUGUUACCUGCUUCCCCAGCAGCCCUCCCCCAGCUUAGAGAACCUUUUGCAGAACAGCGUGGAUGAGAGCUGGACAGACACCAACUUAAACAGGGUCAGUGUGAUUCAGUUCCUGGAUGAACCCAAAAUAGAUGAUGAAGAGGAGUCUGGAGGGGAGAGGCGGGGCCUGCAGCGCCGGGCAACCCCCCACCCCAGCGAGCUGAAGGUGAUGAAGAAAGUGAUUGAAGUUCGGCGCAACGAAGCCCUCGCGGCAAAGCCCGACACCGACCCGAGCUCCCCCCGCUCUGAGGAGAAGAGGCUGAGCGGGACGUCCAACCGCAGCGAGGACUCCCACCUCUCCACCAGCACCACCUCUGCAGAGCCCCGGGGGGAGCAGGACAGGGAGAGGGGCUGCCCCAACGGGCAGGGGCCUGAGCUGCAGCAGCUGGAGAAGGAGCCAAAGCCCAGGGCUGAAGAGGAGCAUAAGGAAGCUGCCGACCGUGAGGAGGAGGAUGUGGAAGUGGAAUACAAUGAGCCCACAGUGCACUUUGCUGAGGACACACUCAUGCGGAGCGAGGAUGAGGAUGAGGAGCAGCCCUUCCCAGUGGAGAAGCAGAGGCUGAUCCGCAAGGACACACCCCACUACAAGAAACACUUUAAGAUAACUAAACUGCCCAAGCCAGAGGCUGUGGUGGCACUUCUGCAGGGGCUGAGCAGCGAAGGGGUCCCCAAGGAGGAAGAGGAGCUGGGGGGCUGCAAUAACAAUGCAGAGCCUGAGGAUCAGGAGGAGGUGUGGGAUGAGGAGGAGAGGAAGAACGGAGCCUUGUCUGCCCAGCCCUCGGUGAAGGGGGUGUCGUUUGAUCAAGCCAAUAAUCUGCUGAUUGAACCUGCUCGCAUUGAGGAGGAAGAGCUGACGCUGACAAUCGUGCGGCAGACGGGGGGGCUGGGGAUCAGCAUCGCGGGGGGCAAGGGCUCCACCCCCUAUAAGGGUGAUGAUGAGGGCAUCUUCAUCUCCCGCGUGUCAGAAGAGGGUCCUGCGGCUCGGGCAGGGGUUCGUGUGGGGGACAAGCUUCUGGAGGUGAACGGCGUGUCCCUGCACUCUGCUGAGCACCACGUGGCCGUGGAAGCCCUGCGGGGCUCGGGCAGCUCCGUCUCCAUGACGGUGCUGCGGGAGCGGAUGGUGGAGCCUGAGAACGCCAUCACCGUCACCCCCCUGCGCCCCGAGGAUGACUACAGCCCCCGGGACAGGAGGGGGGGUCUGCGCUUCCCGGACAGACCCGAGGGGACACCUCCCAGCCAGAGGUUCUCCACCUGCCUGAUGCGCAACGAGAAGGGCCUGGGAUUCAGCAUCGCGGGGGGGAAAGGCUCCACACCCUACCGGGCUGGGGACACGGGGAUCUUCAUCUCGCGGAUCGCAGAGGGUGGCGCAGCCCAUCGGGACGGGAUCCUGCACGUUGGAGACCGGGUCAUCUCGAUCAAUGGGGUAGACAUGACAGAAGCCAGGCAUGAUCAGGCCGUAGCGCUGCUUACCGCGGCUGCCCCCACCAUCCUGCUGCUGGUGGAGAGGGAGGGGGCCCAGCCCGGCCCCCCAGAGGCCCCUGGUGCCCCCCGGGGGCUCAUGCCCUCCCCACCACCCCCCGGCCACGGGGACAGCCCAGCCCAGGAGACACCUGCACCCCAGAGGAACCACCUCUCCAAAGGCCUGGAGGACCAGUAUCCCAUCGAGGAAAUUCACCUUGUAAAAGCAGGUGGUCCCCUGGGGCUCAGCAUCGUGGGAGGCAGUGACCAUUCCAGCCAUCCCUUCGGGAUCCAUGAACCUGGUGUCUUCAUCUCAAAGGUGAUUCCCCGCGGGCUGGCCGCCCGCAGCGGGCUCCGCGUGGGGGACCGGCUGCUGGAGGUGAACGGCACGGACCUGCGGCACGCGGCGCACCAGGAGGCCGUCAGCGCCCUGCUCUGCAGCGCCCAGGAGCUGCGGCUGCUGGUGCGGAGGGACCCGCCGCCCCCGGGCAUGCAGGAAAUAUGCAUUGAGAAGGCUCCAGGAGAGAAGUUGGGCAUCAGCAUCCGUGGUGGAGCCAAGGGCCAUGCUGGGAACCCCUUUGAUCCCACUGAUGAAGGCAUCUUCAUCUCCAAGGUGAGCUCCUCGGGGGCCGCAGCCCGGGAUGGGAGGCUGCAGGUGGGGAUGAGGAUCCUGGAGGUGAACCACCAGAGCCUGCUGGGCAUGACGCACACAGAAGCCGUGCAGAUCCUGCGCGCCGUGGGGGACGCGCUCCUGGUGCUGGUCUGCGAGGGCUUCGACCCCAAGGCUGCAGCUGCCAUGGAGAUGUCCCCUGGGAUUAUUGCAAACCCUUUUGCUGCUGGAAUUGGGCGCAAGAACAGCCUGGAAAGCAUCUCUUCCAUCGACCGGGAUCUCAGCCCUGAGGAACUGGAGAUCCUCCAGAAGGAGAUGGAAAUGGUGAGAGAAGCAACUCAGUGGGAGAGAGAAGAAAUGGAGAAAGUGGAGUGGAUGCGUAGGGAGCGGGAGGCAGCCACGCAGCAGCUUGAGGAGGAGGUGGAGAACAUCCCCAGUGAACCUCUGCGACUGGACUACAGGACCCUGGCUGCCCUGCCCAGCACUGGCUUGCAGAGAGUCAACCGUGCUCUCCUUUGGUAUAAUAAGGCCAGCUCCAGGAUGGAGGGUGACUCUGCUGUGCAGCCUCUGCCAGAGGCUCGGGACAGCCGGGAUUCCCCCCCGGACACAGCAGCGGGUCCGACCCUCGGUGCGCCCGCCCGGCCUCGGGACCCUCCAGCACCUGACAAGCCCACCAGUGGGGCAGAAAAGCCCCAGCUAGACAAGCAGGAUCCCACGGGUGGUCCCUUGUCCCAGGACCAGCUGCCAGAGACGCCAGAGCAAGAGUGUCUGAUCGACUCUCAGCCCAUCCUCUUCAGUGAGAACCCCUUCGUGGUGGCCAACCGCAGGGGGAAGGCAGCGGGCCAGGCUGGCCUGGGGGGCCCGCCCCUGGGCUAUGGCAGGGGGGGAGUGCUGAAGACCAACCUGUACUCCAAGGCUCCUGCAGGCGAGUCGGGGACAGGAAAUUCCAGGCGUGAAACCCCCUGUUCUCCUGGAAAUCAGCAGCCGCCUGCAGCCCCUCGGCCCGCUCGCCUGGCGGGCAGGGAGACCCGCUUUGCUUCCAUCAACUUCAUUACCUCACAGGAUGACAGUAAAUCACAGACCAAGCCAGGUGUCAUUCAGCCUCUGCCCCGCCUGCGACAAAGCGCUGCCCCGCCGAGUUCCGAGGACGGGGACAGCCCCAACCCCUUCCAGCAGCCCCAGCUGAGCAGCAGGAUCCACAACCCUCAGAAGCCACCUUCACCACCCUCUCCUGACGAGAUCCCCAUCAAUGUCAAGCAAGCCUACAAGACCUUUGCAGCUGUGCCCUUGUCACACCCUCUGCUCGAGACACAGGAAUCACCUGGUCAGACCAGCACAGAGAAUCCCAGAACCUCCCCAGAGGUGGGCAGGCAGAGCCCCGGGGGGCUGCACAGCCCCGAGCAGAGAUCCUUCCGGGAGAGGCAGAAGUACUUCGAGGUGGAGGUGAAGCAGCAGCAGCUGGACCGGCCCCCCAAGCGCGUCUCCCUGGUAGGAGAGGACGACCUGAAGAAAAUGAAGGAAGAGGAAGCUCGAAAGCUGCAGCAAAAACGUGCCCUUCUGCUGGAGGAGGAGGCAGAAGAGGAGGAGAUGGUGAAGCAGGUGCCUGAGGUGAACGUGCCAUCCAGUGUCAUCAUCGAAGGGGUCGAGUACAAGAUUGAAAGGCUAAAUGGAAGGAGCCUCCAGCCCCCAGCAGCUCGGCCUUCUGAGGUCGGGGAGAACAGCAGCUCACAGAGGAAUUCACUGGAAGAUGGGAUCAAGCCUGAGCAGAGAACCAGCUCGAUGUCUGGGUCGAGCCCCUCGUGCCUGGCAGCAGGGGAGGGGGGGGCCCCUGUCCGGACGGCCAAAGCCGAGCGGCGGCACCAGGAGCGGCUGCGGAUGCAGAGCCCCGAGCUCCUCAGCGCUCAGGAGAAGGAGCUCUCUCCAGCAGAACGUCGUGCUCUGGAGGCAGAGAAACGGGCCAUGUGGAGGGCAGCACGAUCCUCAGCUCUUGAAGACAGUAUUAAACAGUACGAGCAGGAUCUGGCCAGGAAGCUGUACCAGUCCCGCCAGUGGGCACCUGCUCCCGGGGCCAGGCCAGCUCAGAUGUCUAGUCCAAAGCAGAGUCACGCCUCAAGAUUCCCUGGGUCAGGAAGCCAAUCCAGGAUGAAGUCCCUUGAGCAGGAUGCCCUGAAAGCCCAGAUGGUCAUUGCCAAGUCCAAGGAGGGGAAGAAGCGCAGCACGUUGGAGCAGCUGGCAGAGUCACCUUCCCCCGUCCCCACCCCCUCACCAACACCACUGGAAGAUUGCAGCCCCAGAAAUGUCACCUCCCCAGGAAGGCUGUCCAUGUCUGAAAAGAAGUUUGACUACCGGGAAUUUGCUGCUAUUCCUUCCUCCAAACCCGUUUACGAAAUCCAGUCACCUGAUGCAGCUGAUGACCUCAGAUACGUGGAUGACAGAAACAACUCGGCUCCCCAGGAGCAGGAUGGGCAGCCAGAGGACCAGGACCUGCUGGCCCCCCGGGACCCCUCGCCCCCUCCCUCAGCCCUGGAGGACCUGCCUCUCUACAGCAACAGGCGGAAGCUCCGGCACAGCCGGCGCAGCCUGGAAGCUGCUGUUCCCACGUAGAGGAGCCGAUGGACCUGGGCCAUGGAACAGCCCGGCACGGGGCUCCGGGGCUCCCUGGGCUCCAGGGACAGCCCUGGGUUGCCCCCCCUGCUGCCUCCCGGGCUCCGGGAUGGGACCUGAGCACCCCAGGGAAUCACCCUGGGCAAGAACUUCCUUGCAGGCUGUGACCAGCCCUGGCUCCCCACCCGAGGCUGCCCGGGGACAGUUCCCAGCCCGAGGGGAAGGGCGGCCCGGGCAGGGCAGGAGGUGUGGGUAGGACAGGGUAGUGCAGCUUGUUAGCCUGUAAAUAGUGUGUGUGGGAAGGGGAGGAGAAGGGAGAGCAGGGGAGGGGGAGCCCGGGGGGCUCCAGCUGCUGCCCCUCCGCUUGGCUCCUGCUUCUGGUUCCUGGGGGAGCUUCUGCCCUGCCGUGGGGUGGAAGGAAGGUCCCUCCUGCCUUUUGCUCCUGGCCCGUUCCCAGGCCUCUUGCCAAAACCAGAAACGGGAAAAAAAAGAAAAGAAGGGGGGGAAAAAAAAAAAAAAAAGGAAAAGAAAAAAAAAAACAAAGCAGCAUCUUCCCCCUCCCCUUCCUCUGGGGGGUGGGAACGGGGAGCUCGGAGGGAAAAGCAGCAGAACACACACAAAAAAGCAAGAAAAAGGAAAAAAAGGAAUUCCAGCCAGGUGCCUCCCCUGCCCCUCACCUCUGUGCUCAGCAGGAGGGCCCGGGCAGGAGCCUGGGCCAGCUCCACCUGUCCCCAGGACACUGAUCCUGCCCACCUGCUGAUCCAGGAGGCAGGAAUUCCUGCCUGGAGCCUGAGCAGGGGGAGCCCCUCUGGAGGCACUGGGAGCUGGGGGAGGGAUCUGCUGGCAGCACCAGGGCUGGACUGGUGGGACUGGAGCAGGAGCCUGGCAGGGCAGGGAGGUGGGAGCAGCAGCUGGGAUAGUGGGGUAGGAUUCAGGAAAAGGGGAAGGGGAGGAAAGUGGCAUCGGUGGGGUAGGAGUAACAGGUCUUACAGGUAGGAGGGUACUAGUGGGGAGUCCACAGGGACGUGCAGCGGGGCCCUACGGGGGUGCCCAGUUGUGCUGGAAGUAAAAAUUCCUUCUUUCCCCAGCUCUGGAGCAGGAGCUGCCAGGCAGGGAGCAGCUGGAGCAGGACAGAGACCCCUGGGCUCCAGGCCCUGCUCCCUGAGGACCAGGGGAAACACCUGCCCCUGCUGGAGGGAGAAAAGGAAAGUGAAGAAGGAGCAGGGCUGGGAUUCCUGGGUGUCAAGGCUGGGAUUCCUGGGUUGCAGGGCUGGGAUUCCUGGCUUGCAGGGCUGGGAUUUCUGGCUUGCAGGGCUGGGAUUCCUGGGUUCCACGAGUGGAGGAAGGGCUGUGAACAGCUGCUGCACAUCUCCACAGCUGUGGAGAGCUGCGAGACCAGCCCCUGCUGCCACAGCCCAAGGAAAACUCCCCUUCUCCUGGUUUUUGUUUCCAGCCCCUCUCAGGGAGCAGGGCCCAGCCUGGCAGCAGGAGCUGCCCACCCUGCCCCCUUGGUGCUCCCUGCUGCAGCCUCAGCCUGGCAGGGACUGGUCGGGGCUGGGAGCCACAGGCAGUUGCUGGUACCUUGGCUGGUGACAGAGCUGGGAGCAGGUCCCUUCAGCUGGGAAUCUCCCUUCAUGCCAAAAUCCCGUGGAUCAUUUUGACUGCCUUGGGAUGUUUCAGUUUUAGCAGAGCUUUGAAGGGGGGGGACUGGGAUAAUCUCCAGCUGCGGCUGCUUCCGACAGCAGCAAGUUGAGCUUUUCCUUUUUAAACCUAAUUUUAGCCUUUGCUUUUUAACAACAGCAGUUUUGGAAACAAUCCUGGGCUGGUUUUGGUGACUAACUUGUGAUUCUUUCUUCCUCUCCCUUGGUGGUACCUGGUGCCAGGCUCUGGGUUCUCUCCUGUUCUGUCCUGAGAGACUCUGAGGGAAAAUUAGCGCAUCAAGACUGUAACUAGUGACAUUUGUACAACCAAAGAAAUCUAUUUUGUGGUUCAAGGAUAAUAAAAGUUUACUUUACAUUUUA